GUUCGUCCCCUAGGGAACGACGACUCACAACCGAAAAAAAUAUACAGAGAUCGGAGUCCCAUAAAAGCUAUGUACAUCAGAGAUCCAGCAACGCUAGGAAUUUUUAUAACAUUAUAAAAAAAAAUCUCAAGUCUCAGCUCAUUUGAUCAAACGAUCAAAGAAGACAAAAAGCCUAAGAAAGAUGGAGCUUUGGAUCUUGGGGAUGAACUUUGGGUGCAUCCUUGGAUCUCUGAGCGCGGGAAAAUUCCCAGAAAAGGCCUGCUUGCUCCCGCUCAUAUCCAAGAUCCUUGGAUACCUCAUCGUUGCUGGAUCGACCACCGUCAAGCUCCCCCAGAUAUAUAAAAUUUUGAAGCAUAAUAGUGUGAGGGGACUUAGCGUUGCAGCCUUUGAGCUUGAAGUUGUCGGCUAUACAAUUGCAUUGGCAUAUUGUCUGCACAAAGGAAUUCCAUUUUCGGCCUAUGGAGAACUGCUUUUUCUGUUAAUACAAGCUAUUGUUUUAGUUGCAAUAAUUUACUAUUAUUCUCAGCCGGUUGGAGCUAAAGUAUGGAUGAAGGCUUUGUUAUAUUGUGCUGUGGCACCAACAAUUUUAGCUGGUCAAAUUGACCCUAUUCUAUUUGAAGCACUAUAUGCAUCUCAGCAUGCUGUCUUUUUCUUUGCCAGAGUCCCCCAGAUAUGGAAAAACUACACUAACAAAAGCACUGGAGAGCUCAGCUUUUUAACAUGCUUUAUGAACUUUGCUGGAUCCGUUGCUAGGGUGUUUACGAGCAUGCAGGAAAAUACACCAAUGAGCAUGAUUUUGGGCUGUCUUCUUGGUGUUAUGACAAAUGGUACAAUCUUAAGUCAGAUACUUAUGUACCAGCCACAAGCAAAGAAAGAGAAGAAAGUGCAAUAAACCAGUAUGGUUCUCUGGCCAUGUUCUCUUUUUCUGGGAUUUCUCGGAGGUUAUACUUCUACUGACUCCGGUGGUAAACACACUUGCACUUCCAAAUUGUAUUCAUAACAAUAUCCUAGUUCUGUUAACCUGUAUCGUAACUUCACUGGUAACUGUGGCAAUAUUUAAAAAAAAAACUACCUAUUUUUGUUUUUCUUCAGUUUUUUUACUGUUUAUAUAUAUUGAGAAAAGAAAAUUCUUUAUUUUGGAUAAA